UUACAUUUAUUUCCCGUUGCACAAUAAUAUCUAUAUAUUAUGUAUCUACAGUCUAAACUGUUUGUGGCAGCAGAUUCAUUCGGAGACAUCCAUGUGAAAUGUAUUUUAAUAAAACUGUACAAAAAUGUGCAGAAUAUGAGAAAAAUACUGCGUCUCCACAGAUCUUCAUCCCAGAGGACGGACGGAGGGACGGACGGCAGAAAUACAUAAAUAUAAUAUCAUUUAUAUAUAAUCUCUCACACAGGAAACCUUUGUUCAGGUGAAUACACACAUCUGCAGGAGGGGGAACACACACUGAAGAUCAUGCACCCUUCACACACACACCAAUCAAUAACAAUAAUAUCUUUAUUAUUAUUAUAUGUAUUAUUAUAACCUUCUGCACGAUAAUGCACGACCACGCUUUGGAGUAACUCCCCCCAGAACAAAAAGGACAUUAAAGGUUUCAUUUUAAAUCUUGAAAUGUAUAAAUAUAAUAUCUGAUAUAUGAGAAGUGUUAAUUGGUUAAUUGGCAAAUGACGUAGAUCAGCAUACGGUCAUGUUUUGGUCCUUUUAAAGCAACAUCAAAUGGGACAAAAUAAAACAUUAAUAUCAAAUUAUUUAGAAAUAGUGCAAACCCACAAUGCUUCACUCACAGGAGGUACAGGAGGAACACAGCAGGUACAGGAGGAUCACAGCAGGUACAGGUGGAUCACAGCAGGUACAGGAGGAUCACAGCAGGUACAGGUGGAUCACAGCAGGUACAGGUGGAUCACAGGUGGAUCACAGCAGGUACAGGUGGAUCACAGCAGGUACAGGAGGAUCACAGGUGGAUCACAGCAGGUACAGGUGGAUCACAGCAGGUACAGGAGGAUCACAGCAGGUACAGGUGGAUCACAGGAGGUACAGGAGGAUCACAGGUGGAUCACAGCAGGUACAGGUGGAUCACAGCAGGUACAGGUGGAUCACAGCAGGUACAGGAGGAUCACAGGUGGAUCACAGCAGGUACAGGUGGAUCACAGCAGGUACAGGAGGAUCACAGGUGGAUCACAGCAGGUACAGGAGGAUCACAGGUGGAUCACAGGUGAAUCACAGCAGGUACAGGAGGAUCACAGGUGGAUCACAGCAGGUACAGGUGGAUCACAGCAGGUACAGGUGGAUCACAGCAGGUACAGGAGGAUCACAGGUGGAUCACAGCAGGUACAGGUGAAUCACAGCAGGUACAGGAGGAUCACAGCAGGUACAGGUGGAUCACAGCAGGUACAGGUGGAUCACAGCAGGUACAGGAGGAUCACAGGUGGAUCACAGGAGGUACAGGUGGAUCACAGCAGGUACAGGUGGAUCACAGCAGGUACAGGAGGUACAGGUGGAUCACAGCAGGUACAGGUGGAUCACAGCAGGUACAGGUGGAUCACAGCAGGUACAGGAGGAUCACAGCAGGGACAGGAGGAUCACAGGUGGAUCACAGCAGGUACAGAAGGAUCAAUUUAUGGCAAAAAGCUGCUUGUAUUGUGGAUUGAAUAAAAUCAAAAAUCAGAAAAAUUGGUGAAAACGUCCAACAAUUUUACUUUAAUC